AUGGCGUCCAAAGAGGAGCACGCAGUAAAAAAUCUCAACAUGGAAAAUACCGACCAGGAAAAUGAAAAAAAAGAUGAAAAGGAGCAAGUUGCUAAUAAAGGAGAGCCCUUGGCCCUCCCUUUGGAAACUGGUGAAUAUUGUGUGCCUAGAGUAAAUCGUAGGCGGUUCCGUGUUAGGCAGCCCAUCCAGCAGUAUAGAUGGGAUGUGAUUCAGAGGCUUGAAGAGCCGGGAAGGAUGAGAGAAGAGAAUGUGGAAAGGAUUGGGGAGGAGAUGAGACAACUCAUGCAAAAGCUGAAGGAAAAGCAGUUCAGUCAUAGUUUGAGGGCAGUUAGCACUGACCCCCCUCACCAUGACCAUCGUGAUGAGUUUUGCCUUAUGCCUUGAAUCCUGGUGUUUUCUCUGAAGUUAAUAGGGAGACACCUGCUUUCUAAACUUAUGUGUUCAUGAUAUAGCUUUGUUAUAAACCUUUUGAUGUAACUCAUUUCUAAUAUGUCUAUUAUUACUUCGAGUUGAAUGUGUUUUUGAUCCAAUCUGUAAGAUUUUGUUAGCAGGAGAACUUUACCUAUUGCAUGGAAAGAUGGUCAUUAUAUUGUGAAACCAAUAAAGCAGUCUAAAAA